GGCCGGCUAGAUCCACAAAUAUCAGCCUGCGACGGAAGGCUUGCUAAAAUGGCGACGAAAUGGUGUCUGCCGUUUUUGUUAUUUGCUUUACUUGCAUUGUGUGCCAGGUCCUAUGCCAAGCCAAAAACACUAAACUCAUUCAAGGAAUUGAUAUUUGCCCAGCACUAUCUUGAAGAAUUUCACUACCUCUCGCCCAUAAAGUCCGGUAACCACGACUGGCGCACGGCGAUAGAACUGUUCCAGCGUUAUAUGCACCUACCCGUCACAGGCCAGUUAGACGAGGCGUCCAUCAAGAAAAUGCAUCAGAAGCGGUGCGGGUUCCCUGAUAUCGAGGAAGACGAGGACACAAAACACCCGUCAAGCAGAUUCAAGAGGUACGCUGUUGCCCCAACCAAAUGGAACAAGACUUCUCUGACGUACGCCUUCGAGAACUACGGUGAUGAUAUGACCUCUGCCACGCAGGAAAAUAUUCUCGCAAGGGCAUUCAGCAUGUGGUCGGAUAAUAGCAACCUCACCUUCACCCUUGUGUCCGACGCGUCUAAUGCAGACAUCAAGAUCGCGUUUGUGACAGGAACUCAUAGUAAUUGCAUCUACCCGUUUGACGGCCAAGGGAGCGUUCUUGCGCAUGCAUUCUUCCCAACCGACGGCUCGCUACACUUUGAUGACGACGAGGACUUCACGGACGGCGUAGCCACAGGGACCAACUUGCUUGCAGUGGCGGUCCACGAAAUCGGACACAUACUAGGCGUCGGACACUCAAGCGAAACCAAUUCUGUCAUGAAUCCCAACUACAGUGGAUAUGACCCAAACCUAGCCCUUCAUGCAGACGAUAUCAACGCCGUAUCAUAUCUAUACGGUGAUGGAACUGUGAUGCCCGAUGCUACACCAUCUGCUUGCUCUGAUCAGCUGGCUGACUGCAUCAGCUACCAACACUUGUGUGAUGCCUCAGCAAGCAUGAAAAAGUACUGCCCCAACACAUGUGGCGUCUGCAGUGGAGGGCAGGUUGUCAACGUUUCAUGUAACGAUGAGAAAAGUUCUUCAACCUGCAAAAGUUAUAAAGCCCUCGGCAUGUGCUCCAACUCUUAUGUCCUUGGUUGGUGUCAAUCUACGUGUGGGGCAUGCUGAUGGUACAGGUUAAUGUAUUACGGUGACAAUUUCAAAGACGUAUCUUGGAAAAAGGAAACACAAGGAGACUUUCAAGACACCAUAAUCCAGCACAUCGCAAAUAGCAACACGUUUUGUAGCAAAGUGAACUUUAUAGAUUUAUGAAACGACAGAAGCCAUUGCUUUUGACAUAGAAAUAAUAACAAGAAAAAAGCAUGGAAAAGAUGAAAUGACGAACAUUGAAAAACAAAACCAAAAAUAUUCAAUAAAAAAUAAAAAUAAAAACA